ACAGCGCUCGUACCGCUAUCGGGCGGCCACGUGACGGCGCGCGACCGGCGCUCGCUCCUGCUGGAAGACGUCAAGAUGGCGGCGAGCAACUAUUACGGGUUCGCGCACAGUGCCGGUGCGCCGUACAGCAGCCAGCCGGCAACGGCCUACUCGCACCCGAGCGCCGCGAGCUACGGCAUCCAGCCGGGCCCCGGCGUGACCCAUGGAGCCGGCGCCUCCUACGCUCCGGCCGCGGCCCAGACCGCCAGGCCCAUGGUGUCGGCGGCCUACCCCGGAUACCAGAUGCACCCCGGCGCCGAGUACGGCUACGGGACGCGCCAGCCGGAGCCGGCGCCGCAGACGUACCAGGACAACUACGGCUACGGUCGCACGCCCUCGGCGCCCCCCUAUGACAGCAAGCAGUACUACCAGGCAAACCCUGCUCCGGCUCCGGCCCCGCCCCCGGCCCCGGCCCCCGCCCCCGCCCCCGCCCAGCGCGCUGCCGCCGACGCCUACUACCAGACAGUGGCCAAGGGAGCGUACGGCCACCCCCAGCCCCACCCCCACCCCCCUCCUCAGAGGCAGGUGACGGCCCUGAAGCCCAUCGCCCCCGCCAGCUACGUGUACCCUGUGUCGACAAGCGUGCAGCAGCCCCCAACGCCCAGCGCCAUCUGCUCAUACGCCCCCAGCUCCUCGUACAGCUCCAGCGUGACCCCCGCCUACUCCGGGGUCAGUUACUCCGGCUACGACACGAGCGCCUACACGGUGAGCGCCUCCUACUACCAGGCGUCCCAGCAGGCCCCUGCCCAACCCCCCCCCCAGCAGCCGCAGCAGCCGCAGCCGCCACAGCCGCCGCAGCCCCCCAAGCUGCUGACCAGCUCAUCGUGGAGUAACACCCCCAGUAGUGCGGCGGCACCGGCGCCCACAGGCAACGCAACGGUGGGGUACAAGAAGCCAACGUUCCACCAGAACAAGCUGCCUCGGCCAAAGGGCCCCCCCAAACAGCCACAGCUGCACUACUGCGACAUCUGCAAGAUCAGCUGUGCAGGACCACAGACGUACCGGGAGCACCUGGAGGGCCAGAAGCACAAGAAGAAGGAGGCGGCGCUGCGGGGGGGCAGCCAGGUGAGCACCGGCCCCCGCGGUGUGCAGACCCAGCUGCUGUGUGAGCUGUGCGACGUGUCCUGCACCGGCGCCGACGCCUAUACCGCCCACAUUCGUGGAGCCAAGCAUCAGAAGGUGGUAAAGCUGUACAACAAGCUGGGGAAGCCCAUCCCCUCCACAGAGCCCGUGCUGGUGAACUCCGCCCCCGUUGUCACGACAACAACAGCAAACAAACCCCCCGCAGGGGCAGCGCCGGCCCCCUCUUCGCCGGCAACGGCGCCCCCGAAAGGCACGCCCGUGAAUCCCGGCCGAGCUUUGGCGGCCAUCAAGAAGCCCGUGGUCCCCAAGAUGACCUUCGCGUCCAACAAGUUGCCGCACUCCGUGCUGGUUGCCAAGGCAACUCAAGCUAAGGCCACCGGGACCCCCAGGUCAGACCCCCAGAGUGAGGAGGAGGACGGUCCGGCUGAGGUGCAGGCUGUGGGACACGACUACGUGGAGGAGGUGUGCAACGACGACGGCAAAGUGAUCCGCUUCCACUGCAAGCUGUGCGAGUGCAGCUUCAAUGACCCCAACGCCAAGGACAUGCACCUGAAGGGCCGCCGGCACCGGCUGCAGUACAAGAAAAAGGUGAACCCUGAGCUGCCAGUGGACAUCAAGCCCAGCAACCGGACGCGGAAGCUUCUCGAAGGCAAACUGAGAAAGCAGAAGGCGGCCUUGAAGAGGCAGCAGGACGAGGAGCAGCGCUGGCACGUGGAGAUGAGCAGGAGGUACGAGGAGGACAUGUACUGGAGGAGGCUGGAGGAGGAGCAGCUCUACUGGGAGGAGCAGAGGCGCAGGCUGGCCCCCCCGCCGCCGCUCAUGGGCCGCCUCGGCAUGCCGGUGCCCCCGCUGCUGCUCUUCUCCCCCAAACCGGUGCGACGGCCCGACUCUCCAGAUGACCGGCACGUCAUGGCCAAGCACUCCAGCAUCUAUCCGGCGGAGGAGGAGCUGCAGGCCGUGCAGAGGAUUGUGUCCCACUCUGAGCGCGCCCUCAAGCUCGUAUCCGAUUCGCUGAUGGAAGACGGCGCCCACAGCCGCGACAAGGGGCCGGACCCCAAGGCGCGUACCCUCAAAGGCGUGAUGCGGGUGGGAAUCCUGGCCAAGGGGCUACUGCUACGCGGUGACCGGAACGUGGAGCUCAUCCUGCUGUCGGCGCACAAGCCCACAGUGUCCCUGCUGCGGCACAUUGCGGAUCGGCUCCCCGAGGCUCUGACGACGUUUUGCGAAGAUGAGUAUGAAGUGCAGACACGCCCCCGUGAGGCCAGCAUCCUCGUUUGUUCCUGCAAGGAGCCCAAAAUGCAGGUCACCAUCUCGCUCACGUCGCCACUGAUGAGGGAGGAGCCUGAACCUGAACCCGAGUCCGAACCCCAGCCUGACCCUGGCAAGGAUGCCCAGGCAGGUGACGUGGCGGCCCAGAAAGGUGCGGUAGAGCCGGAGCCGGAGCUAGAACCAGAGUCCCGGGACAUCCUGAACAGGACCAAGUGCCUGGAGUACCUGGCCACGCUCCGCCAUGCCAAGUGGUUCCAGGCACGUGCCAAUGGGCUACAGUCCUGUGUCAUCAUCAUCCGAAUCCUGCGAGACCUGUGCCAGCGUGUGCCAACCUGGGGCAAAAUGCCCAGCUGGGCCAUGGAACUGCUGGUGGAGAAGGUCAUCAGCAGUGCCCCUGGACCCCUGACCCCCGGGGAGGCCAUCCGCAGGGUACUGGAGUGCAUGGCCACGGGCAUCCUGCUGCCAGACGGCCCGGGGCUGCUGGACCCCUGUGAGAAAGAGCACACAGACGUGCUGGAAAACAUGAGCGUCCAGGCGCGGGAGGACAUCACAGCGAGCGCCCAGCACGCGCUCCGGCUGCUGGCCUUCCGGCAGAUCCACAAGGUGCUGGGCAUGGAGUCUCUGCCGGUGAGCAAAGGCCGUGCGGGAGGUCACACCCGCAAGCGCAGGCUGGAUGGCGGUGACACGAGCGAAGGGGAGGGCAAGAAGGACAAGAAGGACGCGGAGGAGGAUGAGGAGACGGACGACGAGGACGCGUGAGCCCAGGAGAGCGUCUCCGGAGAGACGGUUCCCAAGGGCGUUGCCGUGUUUCUCUGCCAUACAUUUGUGUCGACUCGUUGCCGUUGAGCCGUAUGCGUCGGCGCUCCGUGGGGAGGGCGGAAGCGCCGGGAGCUCAAUUCGGCGCUCCGGCUCUGCGCUGUCCUGCUGUUUCCAGAGACGCCGCCUUCAGCAACAUGAAGCCCUCGCUGUCCCUGCUUGUAGCGCGCUUUCAGAAACGUUCUCUGUGGAGGACAACGGGGCUGCGACCUCAUUCCCGCCGUCAAAGGCCAGUUUAACUGCUCUUAUUCUGUGUCACGUUUUGUUGAGACUUGUGUGCUGGAAGAAGGACUUCUGGGGACCGAAGGAAGGUUUUCUUUUCUUCUCUGACCUCUAGAAUGACUUCAUGUUACUUUUUU